UGGGAGCCGGGUGCCCGCCCUCUCCCCGCCGCGGGGCGGAGUCGCCACGCUUGGGGUCCGCUCCCCACCUCCCAGGCUCCCGCCCCGCCCCCGCCGGGUGGGCUGCGGGGCGCGGCGCCUUGAGGCCGGGCGGCGGGUCCGGCGGCCGUCGGAAGCUGCCCGCCGAGGGGCUGACGAGGGCCGCGGGCGCGGAGCUCCGGCGGCCGCUGAUGGGAGGCGGCCUCCGGGAGAGCAAGCGACGGCGCCGCAGCCACCAUGGGGAACAAGCAGACCAUCUUCACCGAAGAGCAGCUGGACAACUACCAGGUGAUGGCGAUGCUGCUGGUCCAGGAACCACACCUUGAGGACCAUUGAUGUGGACAGAUGUGCCCAGUGGAAACCCUAGAUAUGCAUCCUGUGGGCCUGCUUUCUUGGGUCCUCCUCAAUGUGCAGUGCAAUUGCCCCGGGGCCAGGGGCUCCAGGUCUCAUCCAGUGCAAGCCAGGCUGUCUGCAAGCCUGUACCGUGGCCAUUAGUCCCUCGUCGGAGCCAGCUCUGGACUGCACCUUCUUCAAUAAGAAGGACAUCCUCAAGCUCCACGCCCGCUUCUAUGAGCUGGCCCCCAACCUCGUCCCGAUGGACUACAGGAAGAGCCCCAUUGUCCACGUGCCCAUGAGCCUCAUCAUCCAGAUGCCGGAGCUCCGGGAGAAUCCCUUCAAGGAAAGGAUUGUGGAGGCUUUUUCUGAGGAUGGCGAGGGGAACCUCACCUUCAACGACUUUGUCGACAUGUUUUCUGUGCUCUGUGAGUCGGCUCCCCGCGACCUCAAGGCAAACUACGCCUUCAAGAUCUACGACUUCAACACGGACAACUUCAUCUGCAAGGAGGAUCUGGAGAUGACGCUGGCCCGGCUCACCAAGUCGGAGCUGGAUGAGGACGAGGUGGUGCUCGUGUGUGACAAGGUCAUUGAGGAGGCCGAUCUGGACGGCGACGGCAAGCUGGGCUUCGCCGACUUCGAGGACAUGAUCGCCAAGGCCCCCGACUUCCUCAGGUGCCUUCCCGAGGGGCUGGCAUGGGCAGGGCAGGCCUGAAUGGGGGCCGCAGCCAGGAGACCCCGCGGGGCUGAGGCACUGUCACUGCUCCCGAGAGCAGUGGUCCCGGCAGGCCCUGUGUGGGCUGGGAGGCAGGUCACGUUCCAGGCCCAGCUGCUCUCAGUGUGUGACUGGGAAGUCCUCUGUCCCCAGCAGGGCCAGUCUCUGGUGAAGGAUAGAGACUGAGGGCCCUUUGGUUAUGUCGGGGGUUGGAUGCCCUGGGCACAGCUGGUCCUCCAGGCCUUCCUUCCCUCAUGCAGAUUGUUUGCAUCCUCUGCACCCUCCUGGAGGAACUGUCCAGGGUUGGGUGUGGGGCCUGGUUGGCUUUCUGCUGAGGACCUUUUCCCACCCAGUCCAGAGCCUCUCAGCCCCUCUUGCUCUUUCUCUUUCCAGCACUUUCCACGUCCGGAUCUGAGGACAGUGCCGAGGUUGCAGGGGCCAGAAGCCGACCAUCCAGCUCUGCUGCCUACACGAGUGUGACCUCCAGGCUCCCCAGAAGAGGAGCUGUGGCCUCUGGGGUUUACACCCACGCACAUUUCCUUGGCCCUUUCGGCAAAAAAUCCUUAACCAGGGAAGGGGGCAUGUGAGGAGCAGGGCCUUUCCCAGUCCCCCUGUGGUCCCUCCACAGGCCUUCCCUCUAUCCCCCCAACCUUCCCCACACCCUGGUCCUCUCCCCAUCAGAAAUGGCCCUACUGGGAGGGGAAGACAGAACCCCUAACAGGGCAGGGGUGCUGACUUGUCCAAGUGCUGGGUGGGCACCCUGGUUGCCCAGGGCAAAGUGAAAAAAAAAAGGACAAGGUUUAACGAGCUAUGCAAUCUUUCUCCAAAACCCACAGCUGGGCUACACCUGACCCCGCCUGUUCCUUCUCCCCUGACCCUUCCCAAUGUGCAGCUGUGUGAACAGUGGGUCCAAGGGCUCUGUCCCUGUCUCUGUCCAGGACCUGAGCACCACCCCAUCUGCCCUCCCCAAUGAUGUGGAAUCCUCACUGGUGUUUGCUGUCCACAGAUUUGUGAACUCCUGGUACAGUAAAACACUUUCA